CUUCCUCAGGGAUGAAGACUACUCUCAGCUCCUCUCAUCUACUUGAGAGGAGGCAGAUAUUUGCUUUUGGAGGGAUGUGUCAAGAGCUGAUGGACCCUCCAACAUCUACAACCAUCAGUCUCUCCGUCCAGCAGACUUCAUCUCCAGGUCAGGGCGGGACCUUCUCGCUGUGUGAGGUGUGCAACCUGCAGCUGACCUCUGCUCAGGCCCAGCUGCACUACAAUGGCAGGUCUCACCUCCGGAGAAUGAGACAGCUCGAGGCAAGAGAGACAGGUCAACAGGCAGCAGCAGGGUCUCUGUCUGGGUCCCUCCUCCAGGCCACAGGACUGAGCUCCCAGCCUACAGGACUCACUCCGACCCCACGCCUCAGCGCUGCACCCAGCACUAAUGCAG